AUGGCUACAGAUACGCCACAAGCUCCUGAAUAUGUGACGAGGCAACAACACACCUCUCUCUUACCCAAGCCGAAUCCCUGGUCGGUGGACGCCGUCUUACAAGGUCUCCCGAACCCACCGACCGAAAACACCUCUUCUCCGGUCCCCUUCUUCCACUACGUCGAACGGCUCAAGGUCGAAAAGCGCGAAGGUUGGCGGAGAUUUGGAAUCCUCAAGGGCGAAUCGAUAGCCGACCACAUGUAUCGCAUGUCGCUGAUCACCAUGCUUGCCCCUCCCGAAUUAAGCAAACGACUAGACAUCCCGCGGUGUACGAAGAUGGCGCUCGUUCACGACAUGGCGGAGGGCCUUGUCGGUGACCUCACCCCGGUCGAUGGUGUGCCCAAGCCGGAAAAGAGCCGAAGAGAGGCGGAGACAAUGGACUGGGUGGCGCAGUCGUUACUUGGGAAAGUCCACGGCGGGGUCAACGGUCAGGAUAUCCGGGCGGUGUGGCAGGAGUACGAGGACAGCGAGACGCUCGAAUCGAAGUUUGUGCAUGAUGUCGACAAGAUCGAGCUCAUUCUGCAAAUGGUCGAGUACGAACGGGCCAGUAACUGCGAAGUAGACUUGAGCGAGUUCAGCUGGGUGGCUAGAAAGAUCGUGCUGGACGAGAUGAAGGUCUGGGCGCAGGAAAUCCUGGACGAGAGGGAUCGGUUGUGGAAGAGCAAGCAUAUUGAACCGAGGCAGCCGGCUUCUGCAGAGACCAUCAAGGAGCAGCAGGAUCAGUACUACGGCAAUGGCAAUGGCAGUGAUGAGACGAACACGAGCUGA